AUGAUUACUUCAAGCAUUACACACUUGGUUAAUGUGAUGCAGGAGGAUUUUGAGGAGCAUGCUGCGAAAGUCAAGACUCUAAAAGAGAGUCCAUCAAAUGAAAACUUGCUUAUCCUUUAUGGAUUGUACAAGCAAGCCACUCUUGGACCUGUUACCACCGUUUCGCUAAUGUUUAUCGCGGUUGCCAUGUCAUACACUUAUCUGAUUGGGAUUGAUGGUGAAGCUUGUUAUCCAAAUUUGAAAUUUGAAGACUCAAUAUUUGAUUUAUUGAUUCUAUUGAAGGUUUAUCUUCUGGUUGACCACUUUGGAACUGGCUUGACAUUGCAGGAUUUGUGGCAUGGUCUUAUUUGCUCAUGGCUAGCUGCAAGAUCCUGGCUGGCCUUGGAGCUGUCUGGAACACUGCAAAAGUUGAGCCAGGGUCAAUUGUUGCAAUUUUCGGGCCUUGGAACUGUUGGUCUUGCUGUUGCAGAGGGUGCAAAAAGUGCUGGUGCAUCACGGGUUAUUGGCAUAGAUAUUGAUAGCAACAAGUAUGAUACAGAUAACUUGAGUGGUAGUAUUGAUGAACCUUUGGAGGAUGGGGAUAGCGCUCUUCAUUUGACCUGUUUGUAUGGCCAUUUUGGAUGCGCACAGCUUCUACUAGAAAGAGGAGCUGAUUUGGAGGCUAAAGAUGAGGAUGGAGCAAUUCCUUUACACGAUGCGUGUGCAGGAGGGUUUUUGGAGAUAGUCCAACUUCUACUUAACAGAGCUAAUGACGCCGAGCAUAUAAAAAGGAUGUUAGAAUCAGUCGAUUCUGAGGGUGAUACUCCUCUUCAUCAUGCUGCAAGAGGUGAGCAUGCUGAUGUAAUUAGGUUGUUGCUUUCUAAUGGUGCAUCAGCCACAAAGGAAAACUUAUAUGGAAAGACCCCUGCAGAGUUACCUGAACACGGCACAGAUGCUAGGAGGCCGCUUGAAGCUGCUACUACUGCCAUGGCAACCUAA